ACCGCCAACCCCGUGGCUGACGUCAUAACGUCGCGCAAAAGAUGGCGGCCUCGAGCGCAGUGAAAACAAAACACAGAUGACUUUGAGACGGAUUCUCGUUAAACCUCCAGGAUCCAGACCCUGAACCUCCAGGAUCCGGACCCUGAACCUCUAGAAUCCGGACCCUGAACCUCCAGGAUCCGGACCCUGACCCUCCAGGAUCCGGACCCUGACCCUCCAGGAUUCGGACCCUGAACCUCCAGGAUCCGGACCCUGAACCUCUAGAAUCCGGACCCUGAACCUCAAGAUGUCUGAGUCCCCGGAGACACAGAGCGGCGUCCCGGACGCUCGGAGCGGCGUCCCGGAGCGGCUGCAGCGCCUGAAGGAGCUCACGGAGUUCACGGAGAACUGCAAGAAGCAGCUCGACGACAUGUUUGAAGAGCUGGGCUGGUCGAAGGACUACAACUACAACCAGGACGCGAUGGAGCAAUGUCCCUACGACGCCAACCACAGAGUCCCGGUGACGAGCAUGGAGCGACACAAAGCCUCCUGCAGCCGCCGGAAGAUGGGCUACUCUGCGGAGGAGGAGGCGGAGAUGUUCGACCCUUCUGUGUGUUACGAGAACAGCGGCGUCAGGAGCUUCACGACGGACAAAUCCACGCAGCACCAAGUGAUCCUGCAGGCGAGGUCCGCUGCACCGCUGAUGAGAAUGGAAGGAGUCUUCUGGCAAGGUCAGUACUCCGGCCAGCCGGUCGACGUGCCUCAGAACCACAAGCGCGCCGUGUGUGACCUCACCGUGGCCGACCGAUUGGCUCUGUACGACCACGUGGUCGGCGUCCUCAGCCAGCGGAGGGAGGCGGCCUCCUGCAGCAACGAGGACCUCUACGUGGACCUGGUGUCCAAACUCCAGAAGGACGAGGAGCAGAACGAGCCAAAGACUCACCUGGAGCUGAUGGCAGAGAUGAGGGACUACAAGAGGCGGCGCCAGUCUUACCGAGCCAAGAACGUCCACAUCACCAAGAAGUCCUACACUGAGGUGAUCAGAGAGGUGAUCAAAGUCCACUCGGGGGAGCUCACCAGACAGUGGAGGGAGGACGAGGACGAGGAGGAGUCCACCAGGUCGGAGCUCUCCUCCCACAGGCGGCGGCCGGAGGAGAAGCGCCCGGCGUCGUCAGAGUCUCGCCACUCCCUCGGCCAACGGCGGCGCGGCAGCCGUGAGCGAAGCCCGGAGAGAGAGAGCAAGAAGAAGAAGAGGAAGAGAGAGAGGGAUUCCGGCUCCCCGGAGGAACACCACCACCACCACCACCACGACCGGAAGAAGAAGAAGAAGAAGAAAAGGGAGGAAAGGGAGAAGGAGAAGUGAGGCAGUCCGAGCAGGUCAAAGGUCACCGUGGCCUCUGCAGGUGGAACGGAGACAUUUUAAGUUCGUAAACGAGUGAAUUCUGGAAAGAAAUCAACUUUUAGGAACCCGAAUAAAAUGUUUUUGCUUUUGUGCGCGAAUUGUAAUCACGUGUCUGCCAAUCUUGAACAGGCCCCGCCCCCACCUUUGCCUGAUUGGCUGGGAGUGGUUUUCGAGGACAGGCCACAUGGAAUGUUGGACAUUAGUGUCAUAGCUGGCACGCUUUCACCACAAGGUCAAAGGUCACGCUUGCUAAAGGCUUUCAUUUAUCUCCGUGUGUGUCUUCAAGAUUUCUGCCGUCAUCGGGAAACUUUGGAAAAGUGUUUUAAUUUGAAAUUUUGGUUUCUGAAAUCUUGCAAUGUUUUUUCUUUUUUUCUGAAGAAAUAAAUGCUACUUUAAAUGUG